AUGAUACUCAAAGCUUGGGACCACAUUAAAGAUCCAGUCCGUAUGAUCUUUCACAACUUACUGGCACUAGGAAUUACUCCAGAAUCCUGGCAUCAUACCACAGGUUGUAUUCUACCAAAACCCCUCAAACCGGACUACACUAACCCUAGGGCAUUCAGGAUAAUCUCACUGACAUCCAGUUUCCAAAAAUUAUUAGAAAGGCUCAUACUCUGGCACCUUGAGUUAGACCUUAAAAUUCCAGCUAAACUCACUAAAAACCAACACGGUUUUAGGAAAGGUAAAUCUACGGAAUCAGCGAUCCACCUGUUAACCCGCAGGAUCGAAGAUGCGAUGGCAACAGGGAACUACGCUUUAGGAGUGUUCCUAGACAUUGAACAGGCUUUUGACGCAGUCAGCUUCACAGCGAUCAAAGGAGCUCUGCUGGAAGCCAACAUCCCUCCAACCAUUUCAGAAUGGAUCUACUUCAUGAUAAGCAUUCGCAGACGACUUGGUAAUCCUCGUCAAGGCAUCUGUAAAGUCACGAUCAGAGACAUAGCCCAGCAACAGCUACAGAACAUCAGCAACUGGUGCACGAGCAAAGGAUUAAAACUCAGUGGAGUCAAGAGUACAGCAAUCCUAUUCACCACCAAACAGGACAAUAAUCUAGACUCCCCGCUAACAGUUGACGGAACUACAGUUCCCACAGUUAAUAGUACAGUCUAUCUAGGGGUUACUUUCGACCAGAAACUUAAUUGGGGUACUCACAAACUUAAAAAAUGUGAUAAGGCCAUAGGACAACUUCACGCUUGUAAACAAGCUGUAGGAAAAAUCUGGGGCAUCUCACCGGCGGGUGUGAGAUGGAUCUAUAACCAAGUCAUUCUCCCCUCACUAGGUUAUGCAGCGAUAGUUUGGCAACACUCAACAGACAGACACUACAUCUCUGUCAGACUGGAAACAGUUCAACGCCAAGCAGGUCUCAUGAUCACUAGAGGACUGAAAAGUACUCCCACUCCUAACCUGGAGAUCCUAGCUAGAAUCCGUCCCAUCAGCCUUAAACUUAAAUCUCUAGCAAUUAAGUCGGCAAUGAGACUUAAAUUACAAGGAACAUGGAAUAAACAGUACCAUUACAACCAGCGAAGACACUGUAAAUCACACGCUUACAACGUCGAGAAAAUGAUAACUAACAUAACUUACACAGGAUGCACACUUCAGGACAAUAUCCCCAAGGUUACCAUGCUGGACAGACGUUUCAAGGUAAUUAUACAAGAAAGGAAAGCUGCCAUCAACUACAUCGAUAAUCUUCCUCCCUACAUCUGGCAGAUCUUUACAGACGGCUCGAAAGCAAGUGGAAUUACAGGAGCGGGAUUCUGUGUCAUCAAAGCAGCACAAGAGUACCACAGAGUCAGCUAUCAACUUGGCACGCUGGCAACAGUCUACCAAUGCGAGCUCUUUGCGAUCCACAUGGCAAGUAUCUGGAUCAAUGAUAACAUAGGGUUACCAGCUACCAUUAACUUUUUCUCAGAUUCCCAGGCCUCGCUUAAAGCGCUUACCAGCACUAGCAUUAGCUCCAGAAUAGUACUGGACAUCGUAGACCAACUUAAUACAUUAGGUACCUCCCACCGAGUAGAACUUAGGUGGGUCCCAGGACACGAAGGAGUACACGGUAACGAACUUGCCGAUGAACUCGCAAGAGAGGAAUCCAGCAGUAUCCCCAUAGGACCUGAACCAUUCCUCCCACUACCUGAAGGAAUCAUCAACAACGCAAUCGAUGAGUACCUAUUCAAACUACACCUCAACGCAUACCGACAGGUCGACCUCAGUGAUAAAGGGAAAAUCCCUCUUGGACUAUUCCUUAACACAUACAAAUACAGGAAUAUUAAUAUCACAGGAACUCACCUCAGAUGGCUAACAUGGCUACUAUCAGGGCACAGCCCACUAGCUUACUUUCAGACUAGGGCCAACAACGUCAACUUUGAGACACAAGACUGCAAACACUGCCCAGGGGAAGCAGAAACAUCACAACAUUUCCUCUGCGAAUGUGUACAGCUGAUGACUAUCAGACUGAGGAUAUUUGGUAAACCUUUACUCACAAUGGAGGAAAUUAUCAACAGUAAACUCAACCACAUCAUAAAGUUUGUGGAACAGUCAAAAAGACUAGACAAGGAAGAUCUCUUUGGGUAA